CGCCCGAACCUGGUUCCCGAGGCGCGGCGGCCGCGGCUGGGGGCGGGGAGGGGGGCGCAGGACCCCAGGCGGGGGUCCCGGAGCCGGAGGGCCAGUUCCCGUGCCCCCAGCGCCAUGGCAUCCUGCGCCGAGCCCUCGGAGCCCAGGGCCCCACCACCAGCUGGGGUCCCGCCGCUGGAGGACUUUGAGGUGCUGGAUGGGGUGGAGGAGGCCGAAGCAGAGGAGGAGGAGGAGGAGGACGAAGACCUGAGCGAGCUGCCGCCGCUUGAGGACAUGGCACAGCCCCCGCCGGACGAGGCCGAGGAGCAGCCGGGGGCCCUGGCCCGGGAGUUCCUGGCUGCCAUGGAGCCGGAGCCCGCCCCGGCCCCGGCCCCCGAGGAGUGGCUGGACAUCUUGGGGAACGGGCUGCUGAGGAAGAAGACCCUGGUCCCGGGGCCGCCCGGCUCGAGCCGGCCCUCCAAGGGCCAGGUGGUCACGGUGCAGCUGCAGACGUCGCUGGAGAACGGCACGCGCGUGCAGGAGGAGCCCGAGCUGGUGUUCACCCUGGGCGACUGCGACGUGAUCCAGGCCCUGGACCUCAGCGUCCCGCUCAUGGACGUGGGUGAGACGGCCAUGGUCACUGCUGACUCCAAGUACUGCUACGGCCCGCAGGGCAGCAGGAGCCCGUACAUCCCUCCGCACGCGGCCCUGUGCCUGGAGGUGACGCUGAAGACGGCAGUGGACGGGCCGGACCUGGAGAUGCUCACGGGGCAGGAGCGCGUGGCCCUGGCCAACCGGAAGCGGGAGUGUGGCAACGCCCACUACCAGCGGGCGGACUUCGUGCUGGCCGCCAACUCGUACGACCUGGCCAUCAAGGCCAUCACCUCCAGCGCCAAAGUGGACAUGACCUUCGAGGAGGAGGAGCAGCUGCUGCAGCUGAAAGUCAAGUGUCUGAACAACCUGGCGGCCUCGCAGCUGAAGCUGGACCACUACCGCGCGGCGCUGCGCUCCUGCAGCCUGGUGCUGGAGCACCAGCCCGACAACAUCAAGGCGCUCUUCCGCAAGGGCAAGGUGCUGGCUCAGCAAGGGGAGUACAGCGAGGCCAUCCCCAUCCUGCGGGCGGCACUCAAGCUGGAGCCCUCCAACAAGACGAUCCACGCGGAGCUCUCGAAGCUGGUGAAGAAACACGCGGCCCAGCGGAGCACGGAGACCGCGCUGUACCGCAAAAUGCUGGGCAACCCCAGCCGGCUGCCGGCCAAGUGUCCCGGCAAGGGCGCCUGGUCUAUCCCAUGGAAGUGGCUGUUUGGGGCGACAGCCGUUGCCCUGGGGGGCGUGGCUCUCUCUGUGGUCAUCGCCGCCAGGAACUGAGCCUCCCCGCGCAUCGAGGACCCCAGCCUGCGCUCCCUCGCUCCCCCAGGCUUCCCGUCCACGGCCCUCCUCAGCCUCGUGCUCUCCUCUGGGCUGGGGGCAGCAAGGAUUCGGGGGUCGCACGGCCCGGCGAGCGGGAGAGACUGAGGCCCCGCUGGGGGGAAGUGAGGUCAGCGGGCCCCUUGUCCAGCCCGGAGGGAGGGGCCCUCAUCCCUCCAGACCCAGCCCCACCCCUGCCCCCAGGCCCUGGCCUCAGUCUCUCUUCUCCACAGGCCUGGGGGCACCCUCCCCCCCAACACACCCCUCCCCGCCUGCUGCCCUCUGCCCCGCCCCGCACCAGUGAAAUAAAACCCCACCCCCGCC